CUUCGUUGCUGUUCACCUGCCUUCCAGGAAGGCAACCAGUUGCUCUGUGCAAUUUCCAUUUCCUUCUUCUUUCACUCUAUUAUUGGCUCCGAAAGUAUAAUGUCCAACUUUCUUCGAGGUCUUGCGCGAAAUCCGACCAGACAGCCGCAGCCAGCGCGCAGGUCGCCUACAACACCUUCUGCAGGCCAAUUCCCGGACAUACCUGGUCAGAAUCAGUACCAUGGAGUGUCUCCGAGUUCUCCUGGAAAGCCGCUUUAUCUGUGUCAACCCUUUGUCAAGGCCGCUUUGGUGAAGGGCAGUUUCAAGACGAUCGUCAUGCAGCCGAAGUACUCGGAGAGGCUAGAGUGGAUAGCGGUCAACAUCUUCGACUUCUUCAACAAUCUCAAUUUGUUUUACGGUGUACUAACGGAAUGCUGCACCACCGCCACUUGUCCGACCAUGUCGGUGGGCCCAAUGCUCGAUUAUACCUGGGUUGAUCACAACAAGCGACAAAUCAGACUACCUGCACCAACGUACAUCGACUAUGUGAUGACCUGGGUUCAGAAUCUCUUGGAUGAUGAAGGCACUUUUCCGACCAAAGCCGGACGUGAAUUCGCGCCCAGCUUUCCAACCACAGCCCGUCACGUUUUCAAACAGCUCCUUCGUGUAUUUGCCCAUAUCUAUCAUGCGCAUUAUCCGGCCUUGCUCCAUCUGCAUUCUGAGGGUCACUUCAACUCUCUGUUCGCUCAUUUCUUGGCUUUCGGCUUCGAGUAUCAACAACUGGACAUCAGAGAUUUCAAAGGAGUUGGCGUAGCUGCUCUGCUGGAUAAGUGGAGGGAGAUGGGAGUGUUGGAUGGAUUGAAUGUGCCGCCGAGUGGUGGAUCUAUGUGAAAGGAGAGUCGGAAUGUGAGGCUGCUAGACAAGGAGGAACAAGAUGGUCUCCGCGGGCCGGACGCAAAGGUUGUUUCUGCACCGCCCUGUCAGCCUGUGUUUGCCGCAUGCCAGUACCUGUGAGAAAUAUAGUGAACCUGUACGAGUGACUAUGCAUAGUUGUGUUGGCAGACUGUCCUGAUUCGUUUGAUCAGGACCCCUGUGCCUGGGACGCAGCGCACCGCUGCCAAGGCACGGGAUGGGAUGCAAAGAGUAAGCAGAAGAA